ACUUAAUAUAUGAGCUAACCUAACAUGCCCCCAGCAAUCAUCACUCGCUCAGACUCUCCUUCUCUUCCUACGUAUCAUCAUGCCUUCUCCACAGUCCAGCGCCUCCUCCCUCUCCACCAUCCCAACCGAGCAUCCCAGCUUCGAGCCCGUCCGCAGCAGCAGCAGCGGCGGCCUCCGCCCAACGCAGAGCCAUGUGGCCAUCUCGCGCAUCGAGUCCCUCCGACUGACCCAUGAAUCGACGGUUGGCUCGCGCGUGGGCAGCACCCGCACGCCGCGCGAACAAUGGCUCCCCAUGGGCGGGGGCAAGGAGUUUCCCCCCGAUCUGCCCGAUCCGGAUCGAUAUGUGGUCGAGUUUCUCGACGAAAAGGACCCGAUGCAUCCGCAUAAUUGGUCGACAGCGACCAAGAUCCUCCUCUCUGCCAUCCUCGCCUACGUGACCUUCGUCGCCUCGUUCGCGUCCGCCAUCUUCUCGUCGACCAUCAUCUCGAUCAGCGGCCAAUUCCACAUCAGCACCGAAGUGGCCACUCUGGGCGUGACCCUCUACGUCCUGGGUUUCGCGGCCGGCCCGACCCUGUGGGCACCGCUGUCCGAGCUCUACGGCCGUCGCUGGCCCAUCACCGCCGGGAUUUUCGGAUACAGCGUCUUCACGAUCGGCACGGCCACGGCCAAGGACGUGCAGACCAUCAUGCUCACCCGCUUCUUCGCGGGCCUGUUCGCCGCGAGCCCGCUGGCCAUUGUGCCGGCCGCCUUCGCCGACAUCUACAACAACCGUUCUCGGGGGGUGGCGAUCGCCAUGUUCGCCAUGGCGGUCUUCGUCGGGCCCUUCGCCUCGCCCUUUACGGGCGGCUUUAUUACCAUGAGCUAUCUGCGGUGGCGGUGGACCAUGUACAUUGCCAGUAUCAUGGGCUUUGCCGGGUUCACCCUUCUCCUGCUCUUCUACCGCGAGACGUACGCGCCCGCGCUCCUGCAGCACAAGGCCUCCAUCGUACGCCGGCAGACGCGGAACUGGGGCAUCCAUGCCAAGCAGGAUGAGGUGGAGAUCGAUCUGCGCGAGCUGAUCACGGUCAACUUUAGCCGCCCGUUUCGGAUGCUCUUUACCGAGCCGAUCGUCUUUUUGGUCACUUUGUACAUGUCCUUCAUUUACGGAUUGAUGUAUGCGCUACUGGCGGCGUACCCGGUGGUAUUCCAGGAAAUUCAUGGGAUGAAUCUGGGGGUGGGCAGUUUGCCGUUCAUCGGCUUGAUCAUUGGCGAAUUUGCCGGAGGGGCGUACGUGUUAAUGAGUCAGGGGAGCUACACGAAGAAGCUGAUUGCCAACGGAGACGUGCCGGUGCCGGAGUGGAGGCUUCCGCCGGCCAUUGUGGGGGGUGCGGCGUUUACAAUCGGGUUGUUUUGGUACGGCUGGACGGGCUGGACUCAGUCUAUCCACUGGAUGGCCCCAACGGCAUCGGGGGUGUUCACCGGGUUUGGAAUCUACUGCAUCUUCUUGCAGUGCUUCAACUACCUCAUCGACUCUUAUCUGCAAUUUGCGGCCUCGGUCUUCGCCGCCAACACGAUCCUGCGGUCCGCGGUGGGCGCAUGUUUCCCACUGUUCGCCAAACAGAUGUUCGUCAACCUGGGGGUGCAAUGGGCGGGGACUCUGCUGGGAUGCUUGGCUGCGAUCAUGAUUCCGAUCCCCUUGGGAUUCAUCCUGUAUGGGCCAGCGUUGCGACGCAAGAGCAAGUUUGCGCCCGCCCCCGUAGUCUUCCAGGAGAAAGCUUGUUGAUAAGCACACGUGAAAAAGUUCCGUAAUCGCAGUCUUCCGGUGGGCGCCAAGACUGGCCGCGGUUUUUCCGCCGGGUAGCGAAGUGAGGCUAACCGAUAGCAAUCA